GGCACUAGGCAGAUACAGUUUCCUUGCGACAAGUGCUCACUGAACAUGUUAAUCAGAGGAAACGGUGUUUGCCGGAGCAACUGUUAUAAUCUUAACGUUGAGUUGAACCUGCUAGAAAAAGAUGGAAGAUUUUGAAAAAAACAACCAGAUUCCAAAAUAUGAAGAUGGACAAAACCCUGCAGACAUCAUAGGGGACACACUUGUGAACCUCUUAAAUCUAGCUCAAAUGUUACAGAAUAUGUCUCCUCAAAAAAACGUAACAGAGAAAUCAAGUCAGCAGGAGCCCAAUUCACUGUCGAAUAACAACUAUUCAGGAACACAGCAAAUUGGAAUUGGACAAUCAAGCUACAUUCCUCAAGAACAACAUGUGUCUAGAGAUGCUUUCUCUGUAGCUAGAACUGCAGAGAAAAUGCCUCAAACACACGCCUCAUCAAACAGAACCAUGCAGGAUGGUCCAGUAAUAAACAACAGAUAUAAUGCUGGCAGUGGUGCCUGCCAGAUCUGUCGUAAACAAGAUGUCCAUCAACAAGGUGUUUGUGUCCAUGUUUGCAACCAAGCAGACGAUAGUGGUCAUCAAUCAAGAAGAGAGGAUCACCAUCAAAGACAGAAAGCACAACCAGGAACCAAACACUCCACAGUGCAUCACUCAGAAGACCAUCAAAGACGCAGACCUAGUGAUUCCAAGGGACCUCAAAGUGAUACUUGUGAAAGAACCCUCACCAAGGCAUCUGAUAUGCCCGGUGUUAAACAGUACAAGAGUUCUUCUCAAUGUAGAGACACCAAGUAUGGUGCUAAACCAUUCAAAGCACUGACUUCCAGAGAUAAGCUUGAGAGCACUGUUAGACAUUCUAAGGUUACUGAUUCUAGAGCUCAUAGGUGUAAGGCAUCAGCCACUCAAAGUAGUUCUAGGUCUUCUAGUUCUAGUAGUCGAUCACAACAUGUGAAUAUUGAUAAGAAGUUAAAUGAUAGGUCUGAUAAGUUUGAACAUCCCAGUACUUCAACACAAAAUACAUUUGUUAAGGCUGAUAGACAGACAACAGGCAUAGACACAAGUCAACUUCAAACAUGUACAACAGACAGGAAACAUUCACAACACAAGCAUCCAUCAAAAACAAUUAGCAAGAAGGAGCAAAGUAACUCCUCGCUGAAAGAAAAACAGUCAAACAGUCAAUCAUUUACAAAAUCACAGCACACAAAGUCAAAAGUAGGUGUUUCAAAGUCUAGUGCUACAAAGAACAAGGAAAGUUCUGAAUCAAAAAACCCACCAAGUAGUAGUAGUGCUAAUUUAGCAGAGGAAACAAUGUCACUCAGUGGUGCUUCAAAUAGGAAUAAAGAAUCAAAAAGGAGUACCAGAUAUCCACCUGGAAUAGAGAAAACCUUACAAACAAUCGCUGAUAAGUUAACAAUGAAAGAGGGAAAAGAUGCUUCAUCAUCCAAAGAAAAAGAGCUGAAAUCCAAAAUGAAAGAAACAACCAGGACAAAUGUAUCCUUGACAAAAUUGAUUAGCGAGGCAAAACUGGAUUCUGUAUCCAAAACUCCCCAGAAAGAGAAAAAGUCUAGUAAAAGUCACACUUUACAAAAACACAAUCAGAAGAAAGACAUGCAAAAAGUACCAAGAGAAGCAAAAAUAUCGAAAGAUAUAAGGAAAGGUACAGCAGAUGAUAAAAAACACAAAAGAGUGCAAAAAACUGAAUCCAAUUCCAAAGAUGUUUUAAGUGAACCAUUAAAACCAUUUACUUUUGGGAAUUCAAGCAUUUCUGAAAGAAGAUUUUCACUUGAAGACAUUGUAUAUCAAAAUGAACAGCAGGAGAAAAUGGAUGACAAAAUGAAUGACAAUCAGAGUUGUAACCAAUCUAAUGAUCAAGUCCAAACAUCCCCAGUCAUGAAACCUGGAUUAGAUGAGGAUUUACCUAUUCUUGUCAGAAGCAGAAGGCGCUCAGAAAAACAACAGCAUCCAAGUUUUACACAAGGAAACAUGCAAAUAAGCCCUCAAGAAAAAUCACCAAAGAAAGGAAAUGCAAAUACCAAUUUAACUGCUGCAGAAAAUUCAAAUCAAGAUUGCUGUGCUGAUUCCAUCUCUACUGCUGACAAACAAGUGUUUGAAAAUACAUGUUAUACAAACAGAUCAAUGGAAGAUGAAGCUUUUGUUGAUACAGUCCAUGAUGCCAAAGAUACAGACAUUAGGGAAAAAAAUGAAGGCACUCUAAAGAAAGAAAAUUCAACUGACCGUAGUCCAACAACUGUUAAAUGUAAAUUUCUUAACUUUCUCCCUUUACCACAAAAUGUGAAAGAGAACAAUACAUCUGAAUCCACACCUACAUGUUCUAAUGUCUUAGAAACAGUUGAAAGCAGAGACACCUUAUCAUGUGACAAAGACUCAGAAAUGAAAUCCAUGGACAGUAUAAAACCAGCAAGCAGACAAUCUGAUAAUCCAAGAAAAGAUGUGGAAAAGCAUGAAUCAGCUAACAAAACUGGAGAAAUUUCAGCAAAAGAUUCAGAUGAAAUAAUAACACAGACAUUGCAAAAUUUAAAAUGUGAAGCAGAAUGGGAGUUGAAUGACAUUGAACCAUGGGGAUCCACAACAAAGAAAUCAAAUAACUAUGGUAGUGAUAAAGUAAACAACACAGAGGACAGUAGCAGAAAUUUGUGGGAUGAUUUACAACUUGGGGAGAAAGCAGUUUCUUCUGCAAAGGAACAAGUGAAGAGUCCUGUAACAGAAGCACCACAAACCAAAAAGAAGUCUAGUGAAGCAUCAGCACAGAAGAUGGACAAAGGACAUGUUAGUUCAACUGGAGCAAGAAAAACAUGGCAAGAAUUACUAAAACCAAUGCAAGAGCCUCUUCAUUUAGAAAUUCCAUUGAUCCUCACAACAAUUAAAACUGAACCUGUUUCCCCUCCUAAUUCUUCUACUGAUUUAAAUCAAUGCCCUCAGGACGUUAAGGAACCAAACCCUCAACAAAGUGAGUUCGCCACUCAAGAAGUUCUGCAAACGCAGAUAAAACAAGAGCAAAUAUAUGAUAAAAUCAAUGAUGUUCCAGUUGAAAAAUCAGUUGCAUCGCCUUUCCAACAAAAGCAACUUGAUAUUACUCCAUACAUAAAACAGGAACCAAUGAAUGAUCAAGUUAUGAGAAAUGAUUCCAAAAACACAGAUGCUAUCAAACCAAGUACUUUGGAAAAGCAGUUGACAAACAAAGACAGUGUUGACACUGUUGAAGUCUCUAACCAAUAUUCAACCAUUGAAACCGGGAAUGACACACAUGCAACCGAAGUUGAAAAGUCAAAAACAGUUGGAAAUAUCAGCAAGCUGCCAGAAAUUCAUAAAAAUGUGUAUCAACAAGCUGGAGCAGAAUUGACAUGUGAUAAAGCUAUGAACAAAGAAACCAUAAGAAGUAAACCAGCAAUAUCUCCUAUACGGUACAUAUCAAAAACACAGGAGCAUGAGUCAACAGUGUUACAAACAACUGUAGAAUCAAACACCUCUGCAAAUAGCACCAGCAACGCAGGAGCAGAGGGCAUUCCAGUGGACAAUCGAGCACAGAAAAAGAAUAACACAGAUCAGCAAAUGGAAAGCAAUUCGUCAAUGGACUCUCAGUGUGAAAAAGUUAAACCGAUGAUAAAAAAACCUGCAUCUAACAAACGAACUGUUAUCCUAACAGACUCUUUUCUCCCCAAGUUUCCUCAGAAACCUUCUGGACCUCAACCUCUUAAAAAAGGACAGAUAGACUCAGCUAAAAAACCCAUGAAUAACAAUGGAACCAGGGAAAAGGUACCAACACAUACUGAUUCAAAUGAAAAAUCAGAGAAUGACAAGAAAUUUCCUGAAGUUAAAAGUGAUGUCAGAAAAUUAACACCAAAGAGUUCGAUCAAACCCAUUAGAAGAGAGAGCAAAGAGGUUAGUAGUGUUGUCAAUGUUGUGAAAGAGAAAACAAGGACAAAUUCCUUCAGACAGACGAGAGAGCAAUCUGUUGCACGCCAAAUUGUUAAAAAGAGUAUCGGUGUCCGUGCAACACCAGCUAGGUCAAUCAAAUCAACAUCCAAGCUUACAGUGUCAAGAAAGUCUAACAAAGAAAACUUGGCUGAUGAUAGAAAGAAUUCUUCUAGAAAAGAUAGCAAACAAACAGAGCCGUAUUCAAAGAGAAGAAUGGAACAGGAUCCAAACUCAAGAAAAUAUGAACCUGAUACACAUGUAGGAAGUAAAUAUAUUCAGAGAGGGAAUGAGAGAUCCACUGAUCCAAAAUAUGAUUACCAGAGGGAGAAAAAUUCCAUGAAUUAUUUCAACAAAUAUAGAGAAAGUUCCCCUGGUUAUGGAUAUGAAAGAAAUAACAGCUCAUAUGACCAAAACAGAUCAAGAGAUUCAAGAAAUCCUUCCAGAGAUUAUUCAUUUAACAAUGAUUCUUGGAUGUCUCCAACACAGUCCUCUUCUUCGUGGGAUAGAGAUAGUUGGAAUUCCUAUGGUCAUUCCUAUUGGACGGGAUAUUCUUACCGGAGUAGAUCCCCAUCACCAAGGAGAUCACCAAGAAACCGAUCAUUAACUCCACCAAACAGAUAUGCAAGACGGUCAAGAUCUCCAUUAUCCAGAUCAAGGUCACCGCCUUUUAUAUCUUCAAAUCAAAGAUCUAGAUCACCAACUUACAGAUCACAGCAUCAAAGGUCAGAAUCACCUAGAUACAGAUCUUUAUACAAAAGAUCAGAAUCACCAUGCAACAGACCUAGGUCUUCAAAUACAAGAUCAUCUCUGUACAGACAUAGAUCACCAUACAGAAGAACAAACUCACCUGUUCAUAAGUCUAGAUCUCCCUGUAAUAAAUCUAGUUCUCCAUACUGCAGGUCAAGGUCAUCAUCACAACAAUCGGGUUCAUCAUACUUGAGGCAAAAUUCACCAAAAUGCAGAUCUCAAUCCCCAAAAGAUAUGUCAGAUCAAACCAAACCCACUGACUUUAUAGACCAGUCUGCAAAAUCAACUUGGUGGAAGAACUAUACAGCAAAAACUGUUGAAGAAAAUUUUAGAGAAAUUUCAAAGUCUGGCAGCAAAAAGCCACAAACUUUGUCACAUGACAUGAAGAGCAAAGGAAAUGAACAAACUUCCAUGAAAAAAUCUCAAGAAACUAAUUCUGUGAAAGGAAAAGAAAAGGUCAAUAAAGAAAACACUAAUGUACAGACAGGAGCCAACAGCCCAGUGAUCUGUGUAUCUAACCUGAUACAGAUUCCUACAACUUCUUUCAAUGAAAAUAAUGAUAGUAUUAACACUUUAGCUAAACCAGAUUUUCAAGUAAAUGAAGCUGUGGGCAAAUUAAGAAAAAAAGAAAAUAAAAAGUCUGAGGAAGUGAAGUCUACUGAGAGACAAACUGUGAUGAAUGAAGAAAAUAAACAGAAAGACAGAAAUAAGGAUAGAUGUGUUAAUGAAACCAGUCUUGAUACAGUUGAUACAGUUGAAAAGGAAAUGAUUGUGAACAGUUGUCUCAAGGAAGAGAAAAUCCAAAUCGUGGCAGCAAAGGAAACAAGAGCAAACAGAUCCAGAAAUUCACCAGCAAACCUUUCUCAAAAUGAAAGUGGAAAACAGGACAAGAAAAAUUUGACAACUUCUCAAUAUGCAGAAGAAGAAAAAGCAAUGUUAUCAUCUAAGAAACAAGCAGAAAUGGAUGGAAAUGUAGAUAUAAAUAUCAAAGAAUCAGGGAAAAGUGAUAAAGAAUGUGAGAAAACAAGAGGGAAUAGAUACAGAAGUUCAUCAGCAAACCUCUCUCAAAAUGAAAGUGGAAAACAAGUCAAGAAACAUUUGACAACUUUUCAAUGUGCAGAGAAAGAAAAGGCAAUUUCAUCAUCAAAGAAACAAGAAGAAAUGGAUGAAAAUGAUAUUAAAGAAUCAGGGAAAAGUUAUCAAAAGUGUGAAAAGCAUCAAGAAAUUCCUUUACAAAAAACAGAAGACAAUACUUCUCCAAAGCCACUGGAGGAAUGCCAUCACCCUGCAAUCAUCAGUAGUUAUGUUGAUAUAAACUUAAAAAAUAUGACUCACAUCUAUACAAGUGAUGGUGAACAAGUCUGCAAUUCAUUUAAUAUGUCAAAAUUCACAAAUAUUGGUUGUCCUGGGACUUGUGGUCAUCUUCAUCUAUCUUUGCCUUUGUAUGAUCCCCUUACAAAAACCAAUAUGAGUGUUCCUCAGACUGAUAAGAUCGAAGUACUGAGAGACAAGAAAGGAUAUGCUUUCUUUUUUAAUCUGGCACAGAAAAUGAUAUGCAACAAUUUUAACUCAGAAGACGGUUGCAAAAACAACAACUGCAUGAUGACCCAUACAUCUUUCUAUGACACGUUUAAUUCCUACUUUGAAAGGAAACUGAAAUACAAAACUGCUUCAGUUAAAAACAAGCAACAUUCCAUAAAUAUGGAUGAGACAAAUUUUUCUAAGGAACCCAAAGAACAGACGGAUGAAGAAAUAAAAAGCAAAGUUACUAUGCCUGAUAAUAAGUCAGACAAAAUACCUGUAGAUGUUUGUUCAAACUCCCUUACAAAUCUAGAAAAGGGUCCAGGUGAUACUGACCAAACCAAAGUAACAGGAACCAAAGAAUUUCCAAUUAUAAUAUCACCUAUGAAGCCUGAAACUUCAAAGGAUGAGAACUCAAAUAGUGGAAACACGGAAGAACAGAAGUCGUCAAAACAUAAGACACAGAAAAAAGACUCAAAAUCAGAAGGGGGUGACAGUACAUGUAAACCAAAAACAACACUUCAUACGUCUGUAGAAACUCAAAAAGAUCUCGUCAAAGUUGUGGAAAUAAAGCCUCUGCAACGUACACUAUGCCGAUUUUUUAAUACUGCUAGGGGUUGCAGGAGGAUGAACUGCCCAUUUAGACAUAUUCCACCACUUGUUAGAAAAAGGUCAAUGAAAUCACUUCCACAAGGACAACAGAUGACAUCACCAAGAACAAGGGAAAUUACAAUGCCAGAUGAUAAGUCAGAAAAAGAACAUCUAAAUGUUGGUACAAACUCCCUUAGACUUAAAGAGGAGGGUUCAGUUGACACUGGCCAAACCAAAGAAACUGGAACCAAGGAAUUUCAAAUGAAAGUUUUUCCUAUGAAGCCUGAAACUUCCAAGGAUGAGAACUCAAAAAAUAGUGGAAACAAGGAAGAUAAGAAGUCGUCAAAAUACAAAACACAGGAAAAAGAUUCGAAAUCAGAAGGGGAUGAAAGUACUUGUAAACCAAAAACAACACUUCCUACGUCUGUUGAAACUGAUAAUGAUCUUGUCCCAGUUGUGAACAUAAAGCCUCAUCGUAAGCCAUGCAGAUUUUUUGAUACUCCUAGAGGUUGCACCAGGUGGAACUGCCCAUUUGCACAUAUUCAACCUCUUGAUAGAAAAAGGUCGAUGAAAUCAUUUCCACAAAGACAAUUGAUGACAAAGGCAUCACCAAAGACAUUAAAGAGGAAAUUGGAAGAAAGAAAAAAGAAUACUGCCACUGCAGAACAGCUGGCGGCAUGUAUAGAGGAAAACUGCAACAUAAAGACACCAGAAAAAAGCGACUUGGGCAAAAGGAAGAAAGUUCAGAAAUUUGGCAAUAUCAAUAUCUCAGAUAAAACAAGUGCUUUUGGGUCAAAGAAACAAUCUGAAAUUCAGAAAAAGGAUGACAAAUCUGAGUCAAAUUCUACAGCAGAAACCAAAGAUGAAAACAAAUCUGCACUUGUUGAAUCGAAUGAAACAUCAAAAUCACCUGAAAACAUUGAUUCAGCAGAUAGGGACUCUACAAGUGAACAUAAAUCAAUCAACUCUGUGCCAGUCUUGCCAACAUCUUGCACAAAAGACACUGAAAAGUCAAACAUUUCAUCUUCCAAAGUCAUAGAAAACCCAGAUCUUCCCGCUAGCAAAAAAAGGAAACUGCAAUCCUCCUCUGUGUAUACAAGACCCAAGAGAUCAAGAGGUUACAGAACACCGACCUGGAGAAAUGACCGUCCCACAAGACAUUAUGAUGAAUCUGAUUUCUAUCCCAAUAGAUACAAUUCAAACAGAUUAUACUGGAGAUCAGACUACACUGAGAAUGUAGGGUUGUCACACUUAUAUCCUGGUUUCGAUGACCCCUGGGAUUAUCCUUACCCACAUUAUGAAAGGCAUUAUUUAUAUGACUAUUCUGAGGAUGUUCAGUUUUGAAUUUCCUAGCUAUAUUAGCUUAUAAAUAACAAAUUUAUGCCCAUUUUGUUCACAUAUAAUAAAUAAUUAAAAGUGUACUUUAAAUUCUAUUAGUAACUUUUGUUAAUAUAAAGACCAAGUAAAGUCUCAAGAAUGUUCAGUUGAUCAUUUUCCACAAAGGAUUCAAUCAAAAGUCUUGAUACAGUGACAAAAAUCAUAGUUCCCAUGUUUGUGUACUAUAGUUGUAUUAAUGAAUAUAGAGAACAAUCACUUGAAGUAUUAGGGAGGCUGGAUGGUCAACAAUUUCACCAUAAGAUAUACCAAAAUAUUUUAAGAUAUAUUUAUUAUUUAGUAAAGAAAAAGAAAAACUCCCAAUACUUUAUAUCUCUAAAAUUUUAAUACUGUGGAAUCGUUAAAAUUCAUUCGGCCAAUUUCAUAGAUUAAUUGCUGAAAUUUUAUAGUUUCGUGAGGACAUAAUUUCAUAUAUUUUCUUACACCUACAAAAGGAAUAUGACUUUAAAACCCUAAUUUAUUAAUUAGUGGAGAAUGUGAAUUUAAGCUUGAAUCCUCAUUUUUGGAUGUCGUCGGUCCUAUAAUACGUACACCAUGGUCGAGCAGAAAAAUAAAAUACUGUGCGUUAGUGCGGUAAGUAUGAUAAUUUGUCUGCACAGUCUUGGUGUGUUAUAGAACCAACAACAUCUAAAAAUAAGCAUUCAAUUCUUAAAUUUAUAUUUGUUUUGUUGUUUAUUUGGAUGAAGUAUUUACAUGUAUGUAUUAAUUGUUACUUUAAAGCCAUUAUAAACGCUCUUAGUCAGGGAAUUGAAACAUACAUGGAGCAGCCAUAUUAACAAGUUUUUUAGUUUGCUUCCACAACUAAAAAUAUAGUGCAAGAAACUUUGUAGAGAAAAAUCUUUUUUUAUCAAAAAGUAGAUAUGAUUUAAUGAUUAAUUUUCUUAAGUACAUAUCAAAUUUGCUAUGUAAUUUUGAACAUUUCAUUUAAUCUUGCAAUAAUGAAUAUACUCAAAAUGCAUGAUGACAUUUAUAUUUGUGCUCGGUGUGCAUAAAUAAACUAAGUCUUCACAGGAAAUUGAACGUUGCAGAUUUUCAAUGCAAAUAUAAGGGGAAAUAUAUACACUAAAUGUAAAUAUUCAUUGUUGAGAGGUAGCCACGAAGUCCACAAAAAUUGAGCCACCACAAAAUCUAAUGAUUCAACAGUAUUUCCAAUAUAUUCAUACAAAGCUCUCCUUUUCGUGGUGAUUUUUAUGGUCUAAAAAUGACCAUCCAGCUCUCUUAAAUUCAAAGUUCUGUGGUGAAUUACACUUGUAUUUGGUUUAAUCAUCAAGAUUAAAAAAUAUAUUAGAAAAUUUUAUUUUUGAAAUUUUUUAUUAUGAUAGUUUCAUAUCAUUUUACAAAAUGUCUAUACUUAUAUAUAAGGAAUUUUUUUUUUAACACAAAUCAAACAUGGUUCUAUGUGAAAUCAAGACAGGCUUCAGGUCAAUGAACGUGUGCAAACAGUGCAAUCUCAUCCUAAGUUGAUCCUCGCAGAAAAAAACUUGAUAUUCCAAAUUAGAUGGUAACAAAUGUCAUGAGCAAUCAGGAUUAGAUUUAAAAUUCUUGCAGAAGAAUCCUUGUAAAACAAGGUCAUGUAACAACAUGCUUUGAGCACCAAGCCAAAACCUAACUUGAAGUCAUUCUCUGGAUCUAGUGAUGUCUUUUAAUGAAGAAGAUUCUCAAAUUGAUGUGAAAUGACAAACAAUUGUGCAAUAUUACUCGGACCAAUAAUUGGAACCACUAGUCAAUCAGUUGACUGUAAUCAGAUAGCUACACUGUGACCUUGAUAAAUCGUGAUGUUUUAAAUCAAUUCAGAAUUUUAAUGCAUAGCAAAAGUCUCUAUGCUAUCAUAUAUGCAGGUGUAUUUAAUACCACCUUAUCAAGUGACUCCUGCUGUUGUAAAUUACUUACAAACCUGCAUGUUUCAUGCGACCUUAUGUAUGUUUAUUAGUAUCAAACCCGCAUCACUAAAUUAGAUUCUCCUUCACCACCAAGUCAUGUAUGUAUCAUGUGAGAUAUGCAAGCCUACUCCCAGGUCAGUUGUGCAUUUAUUCCUAGAUUAAUUUUCUGAUUAUGAUGGACACUUUUGACAGCUCUGUUGCUGAUUUAGGAAACUUAGUGCAUUUCUGAAAUGUGAACACCUGUGAUCACUUAUGGGGAGAAAUAUUGUUAAAGUCAAUCAGAAUUACCGUCUCACCAGCAUUAUGUAUAAACUCACCUAUUUUUUACAUACAUUAGAUUGAUAAAGUACAGUAUUAAAGUUACAGAUCAAGAGACAAGAGAUAUUCGUGAGUUGUAAGAAAACUCUAGCAUAGCUCAGAUAAGCAACCAUGCUGGUAUCUGGCCCAGGGGUCACAUAACUCAGACAGGCUUACUUUUGAUCCAAGUCUCAUUUUUACAAAAGGACUAUAUAGUGGAAAAGUGAGAGAUCAAAAGUGAGCUCGUCUAAGCUUUAUGGUACCAGGGCCAGUUUUUGCAUGAGUAAAAGUAUAAUCGGUUCCAUAGUUGUCGUAAGCUUGUAGGUAUAUGCUGAAAACUUAUUAAAGGUUAUUAUACAGUACAUUAGAUUCAAAAUGUUGCUGAUGCUGUUUAGAUGGUAUAAAUUUUCUAAGAUGCUGAUGGUUUGGAGCAAAAAACAAAUCUAAUAUUUAAAGGUCAAACAUUGAAACUCUUUAUCAGAAAUGAAGCCUCAUAAAACAUCAUAUACAAGUGUACAUUGUACUUAUAAUUGGAGAUCAUCAAUUUAUUGAGCCAUUAAAAAUGAAAAAUGUUUUAAAAUAUGUAAUUUUAUUACAAAAGAAACAUACUCUCAGCAAAUACCUGUAUUGUCAUUGUCUAACCUAGAGUGAGGCAGAUAAGGAAAACUAGAAUUUUUGCAUACAUUUAUUCUAACAUUUCAAAUACAUGUAAUGCAAAUGUUGACUCCCUUAUUUGUUAUAUGCCAGCAGUUUCUGAUUUUCACUAGUUUUACCAUGCACCAUGCAUACUGGAUUUAUCUUAAUUAAGGAGGCUAACUUUUUAUCAAUGAACAAAAUUUUAUAACAUAACAAAAAUAUCUGAUCUUACAACACUCCUUCAGUAAGUUUUAUAUUGUAGACAAAAAUAAACAAAAUG